UGAAGAGGGUGGUGCUUGGCUCCACCUUCUGCCUGCUGAUAGCAGGAAGGGGAGGCAGGAACAGGUACAAACAUGGCUGCAUUUCACCUUUGCUGAAAGCAGGAAACGAAGUGAAACCGCUUACCUUAUCCCUUCCAGUGGCCUUCUUUAACCCUCUAAGAACGCUGGACUAGACGCCACGUUAAAAGCGCUCCUGCCGAUACGCUUUUACAGAAGUGGGUUCAAUAAUUGGUAAUCAAAUUCUUGUUGUAAUCUGCAGAUGUCUCCUUUCUGCACAGGCUUGCUUUUCCAUUUCUUUGCAGUUCAGAAGUUUGAGCCACCACUGAAGUGUGGUUUGUGGAGGGGCGGGGCUCUCUGUCUCCAAUGAGGAGCCUUCAGUGCCGGGCAAGCCUGUCAUCUUCCGCAGGAGUGCUUACUCUGUAAUCCAAGCUGUGGCGGCGCAGCCCGCUUUAUUGUUUGUGGAAUCCUGCGGAGUAGCGCUUCCCAGAUGGGAAGGAGGGCAAGUGGGCGGUUUAUGAUUCUGCCCUGUGCCGGGACAACAGAGCCGAGCCUUUGAUUUCUCCUGAGUAACCUGUGUGGGUGAACUUUAAACUGGGGGCCUGCUUGAUUCUGGAUCAUUUUCCGAAGGGUGAGGAGUUAGUUCCUCCACCAGAAGCUUGGCUUUCUGCCUUCACAAGGAAAGAUGCGCUGGAGAGGCAUUGGAUUACAUUUAAGGAUGCUAGCCAUACAGCCAAGAGUCGGGGUACCUUGGCUUGUCUUCGCAAAGUCUUGGCAAGUGUGUCUGAAAUGACUACACUGCUUCUUCUUUUAAAGCUUGUACUUUUAUUUACCUUUUUUUUUUUUUUGCCUGUGGACCUCCCGCCAGAAAUUGGUGCCGCAAUGUGGCUAGAGUAAACCAUUUUUUUAAAAUGUAUCUUUAAUCCUUCAUUUUCCUUUCCCUUUUAAUCGGGCACGCAGAAACACAAAGCCUGCCCGAGUCUCAGCGUUGUCUGGGUAAGUGGAAAGGGGCAGGCUCCUUUCGAGGACCCGGGCCAAUUCUACAAAGCCAGCUUUUUGUUUGUUGGGCUGCCCUUUUGUCUCUAGAGGAUUUUGAUGUGAAAGAAGAUGAAAAAGGAAGGCUCCUCAGGUUCCUUCAGACUCAAGGCAAAUCCAGGCUCCCUCUCACGUGCUGUGAGUUGGAUAAAUUUCUCCUCCCUGUCCAGGCAGACAAAGAGGCUGUUUCGCAGUGAUGGAGAGCUGUCUGUCUGUGGGCAGCAGGUGGAAGCAGAUGAUGAGAACUGGAUAUACAGAACCCAGCCCAGAAAAGCGGUUUCCAACUUAGACGAGGAAAGUCGAUGGACAGUCCACUACACAGCCCCCUGGCAUCAGCAGGAGAAUGUGUUCCUUCCCACGACGAGACCCCCCUGUGUUGAGGACCUGCACCGGCAAGCCAAGCUCAACCUCAAAUCGGUGCUGAGGGAAUGUGACAAGCUGAGGCGAGAUGGCUGCCGAAGUUCUCAAUACUAUUCUCAGGGACCCACCUUUGCAGCCAGCUCCAGUCCAUGCGAUGAUUAUGAAGAUGAAGAUGCAGAAACAGAUCGAAAGUGUUCUCUCUCUUCGUCUGAGGAAGAAAGAUUUGUCAACAUCAGAAGACCUAAAACACCAACCUCAGGUGACUUCUCUGACCUUCAUACUCAGACGAACUGGACCAAGUCUCUUCCACUGCCAACACCAGAAGAGAAGACACGGCAGCAAGCCCAAAUGGUCCAAGCUGAUAUGGUUCCUAUUAACAUAACUGGGGAGAAUUUCGAUCGUCAGGCCAGCCUUCGGCGGUCUCUAAUUUACACAGACACUCUGGUAAGACGACCGAAGAAAGUCAAAAGGAGAAAGACUAUUACAGGAAUCCCUGACAUCAUUCAGAAGGAGCUAGCAUCAGUCACUGGCCAAGAUGAUGAUGGUAGUGGUCAUUCAGUAUAUACCCCAGACUACUACUCAACAUUAGGAAGGCUUGAUAGCUAUCGGUCUACCGGGCAGUGCUUGGAAACCAGGGACUCCAGCUGCCAGACAGAAGACGUGAAAGUCAUCCCGCCAUCAAUGAGAAGGAUCAGGGCCCACAAGGGGCUAGGCAUUGCUGCCCAGAUGAGCCACCUCUCAGGCUCCUCUGGCAACAUGUCUGUGCUGAGCGACUCGGCUGGUAUUGUGUUCCCAUCUCGCCUCAGUAACGAUGCUGGUUUCCACAGUCUUCCACGUUCUGGUGCAAGAACAAGCACCUAUUCACUUGAGGCAAGGAUGGGUGCCCUGGACUCUGCUGGAAACAUGGAUGAUGCUUCUUCCUGCCAGGGCAGUAACUCACAGGGGCAUGAAAACUUUGCACAUUUAGGAGGUGCCUCGAGGACUGGGAUGCUUUUGAGGUCCAAAUCCCAGCAGCUGAGGUUCUCGGAGAGUGAGAACAUAGCAAGCCCAGCCUGUGUGGUUUCACCUCAUGCAUCCUACUCUACCAGCAUCAUUCCAAAUGCCACACUACUGUCCUCUUCAGAGGUUAUUGUUAUUCACACUGCUCAGAGUACAGGACAACUGGACAGUAGAGUGCCUGGCUCAGUUUCAUACUCAAAGCUAAAACCCAGAGAUCGCCCCACACCCAGAUGUUCUGUGAAAGAUGACCAUCAGUCCCCCAGUCAUCACUCACACACUUCAGUCUCCUCUGCUCCCAGUGCCACCGCACUGUUAUCCCUCUGUGAUUCAGAGACCUCUCUAAAUGCCCCUGCAAACAGGGAGAAUGGGUCCCAAGCCAUACUCUAUCAUUGUAGAAACAACCUGAGCUUUCCUGCUCACCCUCCAGAUGUGGGUGGCAAGAGCAAGUGUACUUGUUCAGGGGACAGGGGAUGUGGCAGCACCGAGCCCUGGGAAUAUAAAGCGUCCAGCGAUGGACAGGCAUCCCCACUGAAGCCACACCUGGCAACUCCUGGUUUCUCUACUCCCACAAGUAACAUGAGCAGUUGCAGUUUGGACCAAGCAUCUAUCAAGGAGGAUGCCAGGUCCCUGUAUUCAGAGGACCACGAUGGUUACUAUAUGACCACUCAGAGUGAUUCUAGACAUGAGGCUGGCAACUUGUAUAGUGUCAGUGAUGGCUUUGGGAACCCCAGGCACAGCAUGGUCAAUGUUUUUGAUGGACAGGCUCAGAAAAGCCAAGGUGAUCAGGCCAAUCACCAGAAUAAAUCCCUUUCAAGAAAUAUCUCUCUAAAGAAAGCAAAGAAACCACCCUUGCCACCCUCCCGGACAGACUCUCUGCGGAGGGCUCCCAAGAAGAACAACCAGUCAAACGGACAGGUGCUCAAUGAGAGCCUGAUCGCCUCGCUCCAGCACUCCCUGCAGCUAAGCCUCCCUGGCAAGAGUAGCAGCUCCCCUUCCCAGAGCCCCUGCAGUGACUUUGAAGAACCCUGGCUCCCUAGGUCCAGGAGCCAGAGCAUUGUUAGUGAGGGUAGUAGCAUGACCUCUACCACCACUCCCAACGUGUAUUCUCUGUGUGGGGUCACUCCAUCGCAGAGUGACACAAGCAGCAUCAAGUCGGAAUACACGGACCCUUGGGGCUACUACAUUGACUACACAAGCUUGCAAGAAGAUCCAGGGAACCCCACAGUGGCCUGUUCAGCCAGCAGUGAGGCACCAACCGGAAAUGGGCCAGUACGCCACACCCAAGAGGGGUCUAGAGUCUCAAUGCCUCAAGUGCCCUGUGUCUCAGUUAAACCAAAGAUCACCUCACCAGAGAAGUCACAGAGAGUCACCUCUCCAUCCAGCGGGUAUUCUAGCCAGUCGAAUACACCCACAGCACUCACUCCAGUGCCUGUGUUUUUAAAAUCAGUCUCACCAGCAAAUGGGAAGGGGAAGGCCAAGCCCAAGGUUCCAGAAAGGAAGUCAUCUCUGAUCUCCUCAAUGUCCAUCUCCUCCUCAUCCACUUCUCUCUCCUCUAAUACUUCUGCUGAGGGAAGUGGCACCAUGAGGAAACUGGAUUCCUCCGUGGCCUCGCCCCUUGCUCCUCUCCCUCCUCUCCCCCCGCCUCCCCCUCUGCCUUCUCCCUGUCCCACUGACAAGUCCCCUUUUCUUCCACCACCACCUCUUCCAGCAGACUGCUCUGAGGGCUCUCCCCUGCCUCCUUCUCCUGGCUUCCCCCCUCCACCACCAGAAGCCCUUGUUCCCUUCUGCUCCCCCGCUGACAGGUGCCUUUCCCCUUCUCCGGCAGCACUUAGCCCCCAUCUUCCAAGACCCUCACCUCCCUUGCCAGUACCGCCACCUUUCUUGCCCUCCUCAGAACCUCCACCCGCUCCGCCCCUGGACCCCAAAUUUAUGAAAGAAAACAGGCCUUUUUCCAAAAACUCUAGCCAGUCCGAAUCCUCUAGAGAGGCCCUCAGGCGGCCUGCCAACAAGGAGGAGGGCUGCCGACCCCCCAUGCCCCUCAUCACCACAGAAGCUUUGCAGAUGGUGCAGUUGAGGCCAGUGAGAAAGAACUCAGGCGCCGAGGCAACCCUGUUUUCUGAACCGUCAGCUCAGGAACAACGAACUCCGACUGCUCCACAGUACCACUUAAAGCCAUCUGCUAUCCUCAAAUCCCGAAAUAGCAUAAGUGAAAUGGAGAGUGAAAGCCAGCCUGCCUCUGUGACGAGCUCGCUUCUGAUGCCUGCCAAGAGCCAGAGUCAGGGUGACCAUGACGGUGCAGCAGAGCGCGGCGGCCUUCAGAGCCCCAGCGAUGGAGCUCCAGGCCCGGGGCCCAGCCUCAAGACCGCUCUGCUCCCAGACUCGUCAUCUAGCAGGAAGCCACCCCCCAUCUCCAAGAAGCCCAAACUGUUCCUGGUGGUACCACCUCCGCAGAGAGAGAUCACAGCGGAGCCCACAGAGAACGGGAGCGAAACAUUCCCAGGCGUGCCCAGCUCUACCAGGGCAGAGGGGGAGGCUGUGCACAGCCAAGAGGAGAAAUCCAGCCCAGCAUCCCAAGCUGGUUCUCAUGCUACGGCCCCCAUCCCUGGCAGUCCACUUCUGGAAAGAGGAGCUACAGGGUCCUUGCCCCCUGGCAUUGUGGACACCAAUGCCCCCAUGGUCCAGCCCAGUACCUCUCCGGGACCCACACAGGAAGAGUCAGUCGAGAGCAGCGUGGAUGGUGAGAGAAAUGCGAAAAGCUGCCCGUCUCAGCAGGGCAGAGAAGCUGGGCUGCUGGAACCCAACGCAGCUGUUUCCUCCUCAGACACCGGAGACUUCUCUAGGGAAGAAGGGAGUGAUGAGGUGAUGACCCCUGCUAGACCCAGGACCACAGAAGACCUGUUUGCAGCCAUUCACAGAUCCAAAAGGAAAGUCCUCGGCCGUAAAGACUCAGAAGAUGAUCAUACCCGAAAUCACUCUCCUUCCCCACCAGUGACACCCACUGGUGCUGCUCCUAGCUUGGCCUCUCCAAAGCAAGUAGGGUCCAUCCAGAGAAGCAUAAAAAAGAGCACUACCAGCAGUGACAACUUCAAAGCCCUGCUGCUAAAGAAGGGGAGUCGAUCGGAUACCAGCGCUCGCAUGUCGGCAGCAGAGAUGCUCAAGUCCACGGACCCUCGAUUCCAGAGAUCUAGGUCAGAGCCUUCAUCAGAAGUCCCAGACAGCCCGUCCAGCUGCUCCCCCAACAAGAACAGGAGGGCCCAGGAGGAGUGGGCCAAGAAUGAAGGCCUGAUGCCUCGGAGUCUGUCCUUUUCGGGCCCUCGGCACAGCCGCAGCCGGACGCCACCGUCGGCAGCCAGCAGCAGGUACAGCAUGAGGAACCGCAUCCAGAGCAGCCCCAUGACCGUCAUCUCCGAGGGAGAAGGAGAACCUGCCGAGCCAACAGACAACAAAGCACACAGGGCCCUGGAUGCUGCCAGGGAAAGCUCUCUGGACAGACUAGUGGGGCAGGAGAUGGACCUGGACAGCCUGCUCUGUAGCGAGGAGCCCGCCUCUGUGGAUGGGAUAGGAAGGGCAGAGGGCAAUGGUCCCUCAGAGCAGUGUGAGGGUACUGAACAGAAAAGUUAGGACUACAACUGCCUCUCCUGAGUGAGGGCAGUGCAUCACUCUAGGAAGUAUAUGUGGCCUUUUCCUGGCUUGUGGGGAUCCCACUCAGCAUUGGUGUUGGGGAGGUCUCAGCCUUGCGGGUCACUCAGGACUCACUCGCCAUGUGGCUUAAAAGCAAGUUAGAAGCUUCAAGUUCUGAAAGUGCUUCCUGGGGAAGAUUUUUUUUUGUUUUUGGGUUUUUUCCCCCAAAAUGCUGGGUGUGUGUAUAUAUAUAUGUGCAUUUUUAACACUUCAUUCUAACAAACACACUAACAUUAUCUAUAGAAAUAGGAGAAAAGGUCAGAGUUCAGGUAGAAUAAUGGAGUCUUCUAGACCAUGGUGGUAACUGCUUUCAAAGCAUUAUGGGAAUGAAUAAUUCACUAGGAAGAGACUCGAAGCUGUUUUACUUCUAGGAGGCAGUGGGUUGGUUCUAAAUACAGAACAUAGUUGUGUGUACAACUCAAUACACGUGGAAACCAUGAAGAGGCUGGGAAAUGGCUGAGCAACUCAUUGGUUCAGGUACUUUUUGAGGUGGGAGGAGGUUUUGCUGCUGCUGCUGUUCUUCCUCCUGCUCCUCUUCCUCCUUUUCCUUUUCCUCUUCCUCCUUUUGCAAAAGUAACACAAGUGGGAGUGGCAAGGCUGUGUUCUAUGCCACAUUUCUAGCCUGACGUCAGAAGCAUAAGUGGGUUUUUUGUUGCUGGUUUUUUUUUGGGGGGGGGUUGUUUUUUUAACAUGAAUUUCUUUCUGGAGUUGCAGCCAAGCACUUCUUUGCCAAGAGGUGAUGGUGUAGAAGAAUGAGGCAAGAGAGGCAAGAGAAGGGUGGGGAGUAAGUGAUACUGCUGGGUUUUUUUUUCCUGCUUAUCAAAUAAAGUAUUUUCAGAAUUAAAUCAGAAAACGUGCACUGUAGAACUGUGAGUGAAGCUUUUCCUUUAAAAAGUUGUUUUUGUUUUAAAACCAGAGUUUAAGCUCCACAUGACAGUUUGUCACUUGAAAUGUUGACAUUUGGUAACUUUGGAUCUCCUUUUGGUUAUACCAAAGAAAAAUAAUAUGGCUAUUUUUCUCCCUUGAACUGCUUGCAGCAUCAUGUUCUUAUUUAGAAAGGUUUACCAAAAUCUAUUAUAUAUUAUCUCACUUUGAAUAAAAUGCUGACUGUUGUUAGUGAAAGAAAUAGAUAAAACUGAUAGGGGUUGGCUAUUAAUUAGCCUUGGGAAAUAAGUUUUUAGAUUAAAAAGACUUUUUUUUGCACCGUUUGGUCGUGUGGUUUUGUAUUUGUGUAUGAGUUGAAUUGCUGAGUCCCUUCUAGGUCCCUCCCAUCAGAAUUCCAAACAUGCUUUAGACUUGGGAUAAAAGUGUGCAAAGUAUUUAUUUUAAUAUAAUGUCUUGUGACCCUUACCUCCUUCCAGGUUCUGUGUAUCCAGAAUAAAGCACACUCUUUCCCUUUCUUACAGUGGUUACAUUGAGCUUCUAAAGCUGCUAUGGGUUGCCAUUGACAAUGUGUGACAAUAUCUGGAAGUUAAACCAUACAAGCCAAAGCAUCGUAAGGCUUCUUAUACAGAACCUCUGAUAUUCAUUUAGGAUACAUCUUUGAGAGGAGAACUUUGACAGAACUCCUUUAUGUCUCUGUAGAAAGCAAAGCACUUCUCACAGCCACAAAUGACAACUUGCCAUGUGGCCACAGGGAGUUUUUUGUUGUUGCUAUUCUUUGGGUCAACUUUCAAUUGCAUGGGGCACACAGAUCAUUUCUUGUAAAUCUUAGAGAGGUCAUAUUGGUUUUUGAAUACCUAGAAAGGAUUAGAAUGUAUGUGGAUAUCAAAAAUCUUAAACUUAAUAUAUCAAUAUUUGUUUGAAGGUAAGAUAAACAGUAUUAGAACUAAUUAUAAAAUGACAUAAAAUCCCCAUUUAAAAGGUAUUUAUUAGGUUUUAAGUUUGUUUUGAAUAAAACAGUUGUAAAGUCAA